GGGGAGGAGGGAAGAUACCAACCAACUCGUGGUAGCCCGCAGCCACACCCUCUCGGCUGGUGACCUUCCAGCCGAGCCGGCUACACCUGGCGCGGAAGGAGGCCGGCAGUUCGUGGGUUGGGCGCUGCAUUUAAGGCGCGCCGGAGCUACAGCACGGCGCUCAAAACACUCAGUUCGCGGCGGGAAGAGCAGCCGGCGUCGGCGUAUUACGGUCCACCAUGCUCCUGGCUUGCUGGUUGGAGACGGCGCUGCUGUUCUUGCUGGCCGGGGCGACGACGACGACGGGAGGCGCUGUACUGGGGCCCAAGGGCCAGCCCAGGCCCGCUUGCUCUUCCCCGGCGGCUGGCUGCGACUUCCCUGCGAGGGACCCUAAGGCCCUUUGCGACGACAAGGGCUGCGGCGUCAGGGUAGCUGGCGAACCCUGCGGCGUCUACACGCCUGGCUGUGCCCCGGGGUUGCGGUGCGUCCCUCGGCCCGGGGAGCGCGCCCCGCUGCAGGCCCUGCUGCGCGGCAAGGGGGUCUGUCUGGCGGGAACUGCCAAGAAGCGAAGCGGCAGUGGCGGCAGCAGUAAAAACCAGACGGAGGCGGGGCCCGCGGCAGGUGACGGUUGGGAAGAGAAUCAUAAUGCAGGUCAGUCCACUCCAGAGACUCUCCCUUUACAGAGCCAGGAUCCACUACAAGAGGUUACCAUUGGCAAAGUCCAGCUACAGCAGCUCUCCCUGAGCAGUGAUGCCAAACAGGAGCUUGAAACGGCUCCUUGCCGCAGACACCUGUCAGCCAUCUUGCAGGAGCUGAAGGCCCCACUUUACUUCAACGGUGAAGACAUCUUCAUUCCCAACUGCGAUACCAGAGGUUUCUACAGGAGGAAGCAGUGCCGAGCAUCCAAAGGGCAGAAGAGAGGCCAGUGCUGGUGUGUGGAUAAGAGAGGCCACCAGUUGGAAGGGCUGGAAGAAAACCCCCUUUGCCUGCUUGCUAACAUCGACUGAAUAGGUGGGGAGUACCAAGUGCUCCAGCAGCAGAUACUCUUGACUGAGAAGAAUCUCCCUACUAGAACUGUCACAAAUGUUUGCUUUUAACUUAUUGUGUGGUUGCUACCUUGUUGGGAUCUUGGAUUCCCUGGAGUAACCUUGGAGCAACUGUUGCAUCUGAUAAAUCUCCUACAAAAGGGUGGAGGAGCCUGGACUGGCUGCGUCAGGACAAUGGCCAAUAGCAGGCAACUUCUGAAUGCAUGACUAAAGAUGCUUUGUUGAAUAAGCUAUUAGUGGUUGCACUGCAAAGUUAUGCUGGCACAUAAGCCAGGCUUAUUUAGGUAGACAUGUAUCCCAGGUGCUAAACUGGUAGAGGAACAUGAGUAGCCAGAGGAGUCCUGGAGUAAUCACCAGCCAGGGUCUGUCUUAAGCAUCCUACUAAGCUACAGGUAAUAGGGAAGAAUGGAAAAGGGGACAACUUUGUAAAAAUAUAUAACACCAUAGAGUCCACAGGGGCACUAUGAAAUGGGAGAAGAAUGGACCCAUAUAGAACAGGCUUUUCUUACUGUUAACACCCCUGAAUUAGAACAAGAAAGUGUGGAUGGGAUACGUGGUGCAGGGCACUAGAAGCAAUAGGCUGUGGUCGUUCUGCCUAGGGCAUUUAUGGUGGCCCCCUUCUUACCAAGCUCCACUUGGUCCUUAGUCUCCCCUCUGUACCAGAUUGCCUUAUAGCCUCCGCUGAAGCACAUCAUGGGAGAGUAAUAUGGAUGGCAGGAGCUGUUGAUGGCAGGGAUUCUAUGGCUGCCUUCCAUGACAGAGGAGGAGCAUAUAAUGGGUCUUCCCUGUUGUCUGCAGUGUGCUUUAAUUGAAGCCGUUUGUGUCCAGGGGGCGAGGAAAGUUUGGCUUCCGUAUGUUUCACUGUCACUGGUUUCAAUAAAUUUGAGAACUAUAACAUA